AUGCAGCAGAAGUCAUCUGGGCACCUCUCAAUUUCCUUGUCACCAUUGCCCACUGGUGCUGAGCCCAGGAUGUUUGUGCCUUCCAACAUGGAAGCCAAGGAAUACAGCAGCGAGAUGGGGGUCAAUACAAUACAAACACUAGGAAUUGUUAUCAUCAGUGACUAUGACGAUCAUCAAUUCUGGUCCAGGAGGUGGGAGCCUCAGUCUCUGCCCCAGUCACAGACUAGUCAAGCUCUGACUCUGGGCUUUCCUUUCCCCUCCCCCAUAUACUUCCUCUCUCUCCCAGCAUCUCCUCCCAGACCGUCUCUCUAUGUCCAGCCGGGUCCUGUGGUGAGACCAGGGCAGGAAGUGACCUUCAGGUGCCGGAGACCAUCAUCGUCACAUAAUCGGUUGGUGACAUUUGUUCUGCUGAAGGCUGGGACACUGGAGCCCUUGCAAAAGAAUCAUGAAAACCUUUCUCGAACCAAUUUCCCCCUGAAGUCUGUGAGUGCCCAGGACUCCGGGAGCUACAGCUGCAUAUACUAUGAGACUUCCCGCCCAUGGAUCAGGUCGGGAGCCAGUGAGACCCUGGAGGUCUGGGUGACAGACAGCCUUCCCAAGCCCUCGCUCUCAGCCCGGCCCAGUUCCAGGGUAACCUCAGGGGACAACGUGACCCUCCUGUGUCAGGGGCCAUCCCAAGGUGUGGAGUUUGCUCUGUACAAGGAUGGAGAGGAGACGCCUGUGAGCACCCGUGAGCCCACCCAGCAGGGGGCAGAGUUCCCCUUGAUCCAUGUGAACAUCAACCAGACUGGAAAGUACAGGUGCUCUUAUCUCCUCUGGAGAGACAGCCGGGUCCUGGUCCUGCCCAGUGAUCCCCUGGAGCUUAUAAUACAAGAGAAGCAGAAUGGACGUCUUCUCACAAGAGUUACAGAAACCAAAACCAUCCUCAUCACUGCCUUCAGCUGUGCCUUUAUCCUCUUAUUCCUUCUCUUCUUAACUUUUGGCAGUCAUUGCUAUGCUCAGACUGAUGCCCAGGUUGCCAAAUGCAAACUCAAGAAGACAUCUGUUCCUGAGGCUGAAGACCCUGAGGGGCUGACCUAUAUCCAGCUGAAUCCAGAAGCCCUAAAGGAACAGCAGACAGCCCCUGGGAAGAUAUGUCCUGAUCCAACAAUGUAUGCUACUCUUGCUCUGCAAUGGUGA